GAUCAACAUACAUGCAAACAUACUAACCUCAGCAGUUGUGAAAAGCGGCGCUCGUACACGCACCCAGCACUAUUCCGUCGUCUGCCUGGCGACUCAUCACUCAACAAAAAGCAAAGAAAAAUCCUAUCCACCCUUCACUGCCAUCUUCGGUUUUGAGACAUAAACUUCUCUGUGUCUGCAGCAGCGGGAUAGCUUUCACAACCGCGAAGCUACGGUGUUCCACACACACACACACACUCACUCACAGAGAGACGCAUAAACCAACGCACACACAAGUAGGGAUUUAAAACGGCGGGAGUUUCUGCCUUGGCCCUUUCUUGCGUGUUCCACCGUGGAUGAUCGCCACCUCACAUACCCCACGCCUUUCGCCGCCCAGCUCCUCGAAAUCUCGCAAAGAUAGAACAUAGAAGGAAAAAAAAAAUCAUAAUAGGUACUGUAGGGCGUCAUGUCGACGAUGCCUACUAACGAGCAAGACGAUGUCCAGCCCGACAACGGGCAGCAGGAGCAGACAGCCGUCACCGCGACACCCAACCCGCAUCUUCCUCUGGGCGAGUCCGCCGUGUCCGUCCUGCUGGAUGAGGAAGACUCCUACCGCGUCGUCUGGGAGCACGACGAGCACCUCGCCCGCAUUCGCGCCUACACCGACUUCUUCGACAUCCUGACGCUGCUGCACCGUGCGGCGAACGGAAUCAAAACUGGUCGAGGAGAGGGCCCGCGAUCGGAGAGCUGCGCAGCAGGGAUGGACUCGCCGAACCCGCGCGCCCCACCGCCGCCGUCAUCGGCGGACCGCUUCUCCCUUCGCAGCGAAAGUGGGCAGAUGAGCCCGUUCACGUCCGUCGACCGGCAGCUCAUUCUCGCGACGGCGCCGCCGCAGAGCUUUUAUGAGGCCGCGUCUGCCGGUGCCAUCGAUCCUCGUUGGAUGAGCCGCCUCGAGGCAGAGCGCGCUCGUCUUGCGCAGGAGCUCGAGGCGAGUCGCGACACCAUUCAGCAGCUGCAGGCGUCGUUACAGGCAGCACAGCAGUCGGCCGCCGCCCGUGCAGACGGCGAUGCGAAGAGCGGAGACGAUGUUGUGGAUGUGACACCGCGGCAAGGGGCGGCCCGCCCACCGCUGCAUCCCCCCCUCGCCUCCCCGAGCUCCGUCUCCUCGUUGACGAGCUCCGCCUCCCGUGCGCGCAGCACCACGCCACGGUCGGAGUCGGUUCCAGACGCAGCAACCGGCGCCGACAACGCACCAUCGGAGGAGCCAUCGCCGCCUCAGCAGCAGCAAGGGCCGGCUGAGCUCGAGAGGUCGAUCACGCAACCCCUUGUCUCACCUCCGCCUCCGCCUUCCUACUCCCCACCGCAAGGGCAGCACCAGCCGUCCUGGACGCGACCUCAGCGCAGUGGCGGCUCGUCGUCUUUGUCCGGUCACGGUGGUACGCCGUCGCCGCCGCAGAAGCCCGUUGACGUCUCGGACUUCUUCUGGACGCUGCGGGUGGCGCCGCCGCCCUCCGACCUGCACGAGCACUGCGCAGACCUGGAGAACUGCGAUGUCACGGCGGCGCUGCGCACACCUCCGCCGGAUGCUGACAUCACCACGUCGUUCCUCGCAGAGUGUGGCGGUGGAGGCUACCGUCACUACGGUGCAACGACCACCACCGCUGCAAGCACAGCAGGGUGGCGCGCCCCGCCCGCGCAGAUCGCCGCGAUGCGCGAGGAGGAGGUCGCCCUCGCCUGUGAAAGCGCCUGGGUCGACUCGAACUUCUACUGCUACAACAUCCUGGAAGAGAUGUCGUGCCUGCGCGUGGUGCCCUCGUGGGAGGACGUCGCGGGCGAUGCGGCGACGAGUAAACCGCCCGGGUCGAUGACGGAGGAGGAGAUGGCUCGGCUGCUGCUGGGCCGCACCCCGACAACAGGGCGAUCCUCUGCAACGACGGCGGCGGGGCCCACCAGCGCGGCGGUGCCCCCUGCCGGCAGCUCCCCCGAGACGACGACGCUGUUUGGUGGGAACGGCGGAGGCGCGGUGGGGGGCCAGACUUCCUCCGCUGCCUCCCAGCGCUACCGCCUGCCGUACCUCCAGCGGCUGUGGGUGACGUCGGUGCUGCGGCAGUACCUGCUGUUUCUCCUCCUCACCAUUACCUGUGUGCUGCUGCUGAUCCCUGGCAUGGUGCUCGGCACGGUGAACGUGUUCGAAGCCGCAGAGGGCGAUGACUUCUACGCCACGCGCAAUCGCUUUGGCCGGAGUUCCCUCCUCGUCGUCGCGCGCCUCGGCGCGGGCUGCCUUGUGUUUCUCUUCUUUUUUGGAUUCGUCGGUGCAGCUGGCGGGCGCCGUGACACGGCGGCGGCGGCAUCUGUCGCGAGCUCCGGAGACUGGGCGUCCACCUCCCUCCCCGCAGCUGGGUCCGACACGGCCAGCAACACGGCGCUCCCUUCCUUCUCCGGCGCCUCUAUGUCACGCCCCUUGCGUGCUACCCCGGUGGGUACGCUGGUGCAUGGCGUGUUGUGCCUCGGUGCGGCACUGCUCUUCGCCGGCUCUCUUCUUUUCAGCCGCGGCUGCGCUCUGCUGAGUCUGCCGCUGGCCCUGCUGGGCAUGGCCGUCUACGGUACGGGGGAGGCGCUGGUGCUGGGCGGUGUCAGCACUGUUGUCAGCGCCGAGGUCGGCGUGGCGGCUGGCGUGAACGUCGGCCUGCAGAUCCUCCUCUCCAACUGGUUGCUCGUCAACGCCUUUGGCUGCUUUGUCUUGCCCAAGAUGAACUACUACGUCUACAGCGCCGCGCAGCUGUUGCGGGCGCAGGUGUACACGACAGCGACGAUCGGCGCCUUUGUUUUUGGACUCGUCAUGCUAUGUUCUCGUGAUUUGAUCGAGCGCGCCGCGCACGCCAACGCAAGGUUCAUGUCGCCACGCAAGCUGCUCGCCGCCGCCCGGCACGACGUCUCCUUGUGCUUUUACCUUCGUGCGCUGACGGUGGGUCUUCUGACGGCGGGCGUGGUGCUGGUGCUGGUGGCCGGCGUCGCCGUCUUCGUGCCGCCGCCGGCCGAAGCGGCGAGUAUUUCGGAGUCGGCGAAGACGAAGGAUUUGAUGGGCACCGGGACCGGCAAGCGCAACACAGCGGACACGGCGACGGACGCCGGCCUCAUUGCCGGCUCGAUGGACCGCUGGUCCUCGCAGCAGCGUCACGCCUCCUUCUACCUCUUCGCUGCUGCCCUUCUGUUCGUCCCGCUCUGCUUCAUUCCGCGAUUGGCGACCAUCAUGAACCGCUGGUGCCCCGUGGUGCUCAUGACGACGUUGCUGUGUGUGAUGUGGUUCGUCAGCACGGCUUCUUCGUGGGCGACGGUGCUGGGCCUCAGCCUGAGCCCCUCCAACAGCAACGCCGCCCCCGCCUCUGCCGCCGGAAAGGUGGCAGACUGGCUGUGGAAGGUGUGGAUUUGGACGGGCAAGCACCACCUCUUUAACCCGCCGACGCAGCUGUGUGGCGUGGUCACGGGCAUCAUCUACACAAUUGUCGUGAGCAGCCUGCUGCGCUCCAUCGCGAAUGCCGGGGUGCAGUUCCCUGUCCUGCACCCCGCACGAUGGCGCAUGGCCUUUCACGAGCGCGAUCGUCGUCGCCUCCACGACUCCUUCUCCUCUCACUCCCCGACCGAGUCGUCGCCGUUCCUCACUGGGGGCAAAAGCGCAAAGAAGAAGGAAGGCAGCACCGAUGCGAGCGUCGCCGCAGAGGCAGAGUGUCCUGCCGCGGCGACCGACGAGGACCAGUUCUUCGAUGAGAAGAUGCGCUGUGUCCGCAUGCAGCUGCGCGGUGGGCCCGCGGUGAUGACGGUGUUGGCUGCCCUACUGAUCAUGAUCGUGCUGAUCAGCUGCGUGACGGUGGCCAUGGUGGCAGCCGCGCUGCUGACGGAUCGCAGCGAGAACCCGGUGUACGUGAACGCGGUCAUGCCUGGCGUGACGUGGGAUGAGCACCUGCUGGUGAAGACAGUGUUAGCCUCCGUCUUUGGCGUGGCGAUGGCGGUGCAGUGGGUAGAGGUCUUCCAACGUACGUGGUGUUCUUGCUGCUGCUAA